AUGCGCCAGAAUGAAGAGGAAGAGGAAUGCGUCGUAGAGGAAGCCCAUCACCGUCAUCGCGGGGGAGAUCACGAGCGACGGGGCAUCCCGGGAGACACCGUGGAGGGGAAGCCGCAGACUGGACGGCCCGGGCAAAAAUACAUCCAAGAGAUGUGCCAAAUCUGUGCCAAACGCUUCUCGGCGAAGAGGUACGAGGAGGUAAAGAAAGGUGGGGAGGGGGGGAAAAAAAAGGAGGAACACCUGAUCCGGGACAGGCAAUUGCAUCCCUCACCCUCUUUCAUCCCCAUCCUUUGUCCGACGAACAAUCGCCGCCUGUACCUCCCAGGAUCUGACGACCUGACCAGAACGAAUGUCUUCAGAGGUGGGGGGGAGCUCAUUCCUGAUGGUGGAACCCACCUAAUUCAAUGUGGGUCAGCACUAGAUUUUGAGGAGACUUAUCCAGAUGUGGUGUGCCCCAUGAACCGGGCAGCCAGAAUUGGAGAUGAAAAUGCCAUCAAGAGAUUGAUGAAUUCAGGUGGGAGGGUAGAUCAACAAGACAAUCAAGGUUGGCAGCCUCUACACGAAGCUGCAGCAGCUGGGAACAUCAACUGUGUUCAUCUUUUGCUUUUGAAGGGGGCUGAUGUGAAUUGGCAGACUCAUGAGGGAGAGACUCCUCUCUUCUUGGCUUGUCAGGCCCAAAAAAAUUCAGUCAAGAUGGUUUCCCUUCUUCUAGAACAUGGUGCCUCAGUAAAUCAAGGAAACAAUGAAGAAUCCACCCCUCUUCAUGCUGCAGCACAAGCAUGUAACAAGGAAUGCCUGAAGACAUUGCUAGAAUGCCCAUCAAUUGAUGUUGAUAGAAUGAACAUUCACAGAGAUACUCCUCUCCAUUCUCUCCUGGAAGAUGUGUCAAACAGCCAUUCUCAUGUAGAAAUUUGCACAUGUGCAGAAAUCCUUAUAGAUCAUGGGGCAAGCAUAAGGGCUCAAAAUGACAGACAGAUGACCCCAUUCUUCUGUGCUGCAUUGACAGGGAAUUUGCCUGUACUGAGGCUUCUUCAUGAAAGAGGCAUCAGAGAUUCAUGUGAUAUUGACUGUAGGGCUCAAUAUGAGGCAACCCCUUUGAUGAUGGCAUGUCAGCAUGAACACACAGAGUGUGUGGAGUUUCUGCUCUCUAUUGAUGCCAAUGUUAACCUCACAGACUCAGAUGAUAUCUUCCCUCUCUUCUAUUGCAUCAAUCCACGGCCUCAGUGUAACAAGAUCUUCCAGAUGAUAUUAGAAGGGACCAAGCAAGAAUUCUUGACAAGAGGACUCAUUCGAUUGGAACCUGGCAAAGACCCAUCUCAGAUGGAAGAAGAAGCCCCCAUAUUCUGCAGGUACACUUGUAUUAUGCUGGACAUAAUAGAUAAUCAUCGAAGUGACCUCCUGGAGAUUUUCCUUGAUGCCUUUCCAGUUCACCUCAAAAACAUUGUGUAUGAUCAACGUCAGUUUCAGGUGUCAGACAUAGGGGAAUUUGGGCAUCCAUUUCCAGGAUCAUCUGAUAAUCUUAUCUCUCCUCUGGGACAUUUCUGUUCUGAACUCAUGGUAUUUGUGGAUUAUUGUGGGGUGGAACAGACCAAGCUCUGCAUUGAAAAGUUUGUGGCCUUGGAUGCAUUCCUGUAUGGACACUGGGAGGGUGUGGAGGGAACUGUAUCCCUCUUAUGUCAGAAAUUGUAUGAAAUGGAAAGAUAUUCUUGCAAAGAUGAAACAAAGCCCCUUGUGAUAGAACUGAUGAAGGAAAUCUUCUCUCGGGAGGGUGUUGGUCCAAUAAUUUAUUUCCCCAUGAUCCCAUGGGCUUUAAAAUCGCUGUUUGAAAUAGGAAUUGCCGAAAUCAUAAAUUCCCAUUCCACUGAUCACCCCAUCCCAUUCAAGGAAAUAGUGACUUUACCUGUACAUGCAUCUGUGAUCACAACAGAAUGCAAGAAUGUCAUUCUCUCAUAUAUCUUUCACUUUCCUAGUAAUAUGUUUAGGAAUCCUUCCCUUCAUCCUACCAGUUUUGAAGGAAUGCGAAAUAUGCCAUGGAGUCUGAAGCAUUCAAGUCGAAUGGCUGUGAGGCUUCUGCUAGCUGAGGUCCAUGGUGUUCCUCAGUUUCAACAGUGCAUGGAGAAACUCUCUCUACCACAAUCCAUUUGCAACUUCAUUCUUUUCUUGUGA